UGAAAUAAGAGCGUGGUUAUCAUCAUCCUCCCCACGAGAGAAAAAAAAUGUCUUGGUUUUGGAGAGAAGAGUGGUGGUGAAUCCGGUGAUCAUAGUCAUCCAAGAGAAGGGGAGAACGAUGGAGAGUCAGAGUCAGAGUCAGAGCCUGAGCCAGAGCCAGAGCCAGAACCCCUCCAAUAAGACAGCUAUUCUGGAUGCUCCCCUACACGCCAUGGGUUUCCAGCUUGAGGAAAUAUCCCCAACCAAGGUCUCCGGUCGCCUUCCUGUUACCUCCAAGGCUUGCCAGCCAUUUAAGGUGCUACACGGAGGGGUAUCGGCGCUGAUAGCAGAGGCGCUGGCCAGCAUAGGAGCACACAUGGCUUCAGGAUACAGAAGGGUGGCUGGGAUUCACCUCAGCAUCAACCACUUGAAGCGUGCGGACCUGGGGGACCUCGUCUAUGCAGAAGCCACCCCCGUUAACAUCGGCAACACCAUCCAGGUAUGGGGCGUCCAGCUCUGGAAGAUUGAUCCUUCAAACUCAGAAAUCAAGACCCUGAUUUCAUCAUCUAGAGUUACUCUUGUAUGCAACAUGCCGGUGCCGGAGCAUGCUAAAGCUGCCGGUGAAACUCUCAAGAAGUUUGCAAAAUUAUGAGCAUCUUGUGCUAAAUGAUGGUUUCAGUUGAAGUGUAGUUGUAUUCGAUCUUUUAUGAGUUGUUAUCUAUGGUCAGACCCUGAAUAAUCUCUGCAAACUGUCCAUGGUGCUAAGCUAAAGAUGCUUUCAUGAAUGGACCCAUGUAUGUAAUUACAAAAUAUGAUCUGUUCAGUAUUCUCCACAUUCAAGUUUCAACCACUUAGCAGGA